CCGCGGCCCGGGCCGCGCGAGUAGGUCGCCAUGCGCGAUGCGGUAUGAGGCAGCGCCGCGCCCGGCGGGCCGGCCCCCGCUAGCGGCGCCGCCCCCGCCAUGCGAGCGCCGCCGCUGCUGCUGCUGCUGCUGAUGGCGGCCGCGGGCCUGGCCGUGAGUCCGCUCGCGCGCCUCAACCCCUGGCUGAGCGCGUGUGAUCUGGAGGAGGAGGGCGCGAGCGGCGUGCCCGAGUGCGGUGGCACGGCGUGCGGCAGCGGCGGCGGCGCGGCGAAGGUGCUGCAGGCGCGCGACGUGCCGCUCCUGUGCGGGCUGGCAGCAGGUGAACGCGCGCGCCGCCUCGCCGACUUGCGGCUGCGCGCCUGCUGCGAGCGCUCGCCCGCCUCCGCGUUGGACCGGGGCGCCCGCGCCGAGGUCCUCGCCGGCGGUGACCGCUGCGAGAGCACGCUGCACGACCUCCUCCGACUCGACACGAUGGUCGCGCACGUGCACUGCGAAUUCGUCAACAUCCUUCAUCGCUACGACUGUGAGCAGGCUUAUUCCGUACACACGUGUGAAGACUGCCAGGAGACGUAUCGUCGGUGGGCGUGCAGCACUAUAGUGCCACUGUGGGUGGAAGAAGGCGGCGAGGAAGGCGGCGAAGAGGGCGGGCGGUCGCGGCGGGCGCCGGCCGAGCACGCGGCGCGCUGGCGCGCGCGGCACCUGGAGCGCGUGGGCCACCUGGACCGGCGGCGCGGCGGCGGCGUGGUAGGCCGCUGGGUGCGCGCCGCCGCCGCCGGGCCUGGCCGGCCGCUGGCUCGCCUUAAGCCCUGCCUGUCCGUCUGCCAGCUCGUUGAGCAACACUGCCCCUACUUCCUGCCCGCAGACCGCGCGCCAGCGUAUCCCACACAGUACGCCGGCGAACCUACCUUUCUAUGCCUAGACCCCCGAAUACCAGAAACGGGCGCACAGAAGAAUAAGUCCAACUACGGAUGGGACGAGUGCUGCUACUGGUACUGCGAGCAGCGGUUGUGCUACCGCUGCGAGUCGCGGCUGAGCGAGGCGGCGCGGCCCGAGGCCGAGCACUGUGCGCCGGUGGAGGAGCGCCUGUCGACCUGCUCCGUGCCCUACGCGGCACCUUCCGCCGCGCCGCCUCGCGCGCCGAGUCCGCCUCUGCUCGCCGUCGCGCUCCUGCUGCCGCUCGCCACGCACUUACGGACCCACUGGACAGCCUACAAGCAUCUAGUGAAUGUGCGCGAUUCGAGGUUAUAGUUUUACGUUCAUGUGCGUCGCACCCCCGCGUCUCGCGAUCGUAUGUUUGCGAUCAGAACUUCUACUAGUACUGUAUUAUGAUAAUAAAUUACUGCGCGGUUACAAGUUCAAUGAUGGUCGCGCCUGGCGGGGCGGGGCCGUCGCCGCGCCUCGCGAGUGCGAUGCUCGUACUUACUUUAAGUGAAUAAUUGUGUCCGAAUGCUCGAUACACUCAAAAGUCAAAAAAUAGAAACACCAAAAUGUACUCAACUUAUGCAUUUUAUCUCGUAAGCCGAAGUUCCGGCCAGUAUGUUAAUAUUUCAGGCACAAACGAUAUUUUGCUUGAAGUGAAGAUGUUAUAUUUUAAAUAGAGUUUUACAGCAACAUCGUUAAUAGGCACUUAAUACUUUUUAGUUAUUUUUGCUAAACUAGUUUACAUAGAGACAGUAUUUUUAAAAGUUGAAAAAAAAAAACGAAAUUUAUCUAUGUCAUUUGCGAUUUACCGACAAUGACUCAGUUGAUUUACAACACCAACCUUAUUUUAUACAUGUUUUAAUUAAUUAUAUUAGGAACAAAUCUGCUACGUGAUCGUAAGCAGAUCCUCACCACUGGGUAACGCGGCUUCACCUACAAUGUGAUGAUACUUCCGCUGGUUUCGCAAUAACUACUGGCCGUAGUUGGCUCCGCGUUGUUCAGUAUCUUUCAUACUCAUAAAAGGAUUUAUACUUUGCUAUAGGUUGUAAGUAAGCACUAACACACGUAUGACACUGUACGUAAAGAACUGAAGAAAGUUAUUUUGCUCAUUGGAACAAUAGAUAGUUGACAGAUGAAUUGGUAUUUUUUUUGUGUCAGAAUUUGUUUUGAUAGAUUCGCGAGCCUUCAUUGAAGUAGGUAGUAACGAGUGGGACUCGGAGGCGCGCCGCCGCCGCGAGCGCUGCGCGCCGCCCCGGCUCUGCCGACGCCUAAGUGCUGGUCUAUGAAAAAAUAUUGAUUAAACUAAUCUAGGGAUAAUUAAAAGUAGUUGUUGUUUUGUAAGAAGUAAAAUACGACUAAUAAUACAUAUAAUGCAAGUUGUAUGUAAUAAUAUCCGUCUUAUGAACUAUCAUUCAAAUAUUGCCAGAUGUAUCAUGGUUGAUAAUGAUUUUUAUAAUGAAUUGAUUUUUAAUAUAUAUUAUUGUAUAUGUAUAUUAUGUCAAAGAUAUGAUAUGAUGUAAAACAAAUUUCAUCAGGGAUAUAAUCGUUCGCAUAUGAAUAUCUGAUUACAAUGUUUGUUACUUUUUCUUAUUUUUGAAAAAUAUUAAAAAUAUAGAGGUGUCGUUGAACAUAAUGUGAUCGAUAACAAAAUAUAAAUAAUGGUUACGAAGACUUUAUUGAAUGGAUAUUUGUUGAAAAUAUUGUCCUCAGGCGGGGAUGUAGUUGUUGUAUUCAAAUGAUAAAUGAUAAUAAUAUUAAGUAAGUUAUUUUUUACGUUUUUUAUCGUGUACAUAUGUCAAAAAAGUUCGUUGUUCCCAAUUCCGUACUUAAUCAAAGUCACUACAAAGGUGCUAAAGGUCUAUUAAUGCUUCUUAGGUGUUUAAUUUUACCAACUCCAGGCUUGCGCGGCGCGCCUACGCCGACGCCGCCGUCGGGCGCACGGUCGGUCCGCUGCACCGCUUCACUUAACUCAGCCGUUGUUCAAGCGGUCGCCGUUCACUAACGUCUCACAACCGCGCCAUUUCUUUGCUGUCACUUAUAUACUUACAUACUUGUUAUAUUUCCAAGAUUGAUUGUGUAGUUAGAUAGUGUCCGAUUUGAAAGAAUGUCCAGUAGUAUUUUUAUGAUUGUGUGUUAAGCAAUAUCCACGCCGAAAGCGAUUAUUAUAUUUUUUUGCAGGUAUAUGGGCAAUUAUUAAGAUAUAAGUGUUUAUUUAUAACUACUUUUGGCAACUAAAAACUAACACCCUUCUUUUUAACAUUACAUUAUUAAAAGUAACUUAACAAUAUCACUAUAAUUGCAACGAGUAAAGCACAUGGUAAAUCAUAGUAUUAUCAGAAGUAUAUUACUCGUAUGUAGGAAUUAUUAGGUUUCAAUAUCCCCCAAGUCAAAGCUGAAUGUUCGCGGAAGUAGGUAGCAGAUCCGCAUAAAAAUGAUUCAAGCUCAUGGAUAAACGAUUGAUUAUAAUACGCUUAUUCCUUUAAAAUAUUUUGAGUUUCAGAUUGCUUAAAUUACCUAAAUGGAUCUAUGGUCAUCAUAAAGGUACACAUUAUGAAUGUAAUCAAUCUGCAAGCAACGUGUCGUUUUUAUCAUUUUUUUUAUUUUAUAUCCAUAAUCUACGAGUAGAUCCGUCAUCCACUAUACAAGUUUCCCUUGUCUCAAAGGGAUUCAUUUUUUAAUGAAAAACCUUUACAUGUAUGUACUAAAUUAUAUCAAAGUGUCUAAAGUAUAGUAAUAAUAAAUGAAUUACUAGGAUGAUAAAUUAUGAAACAAUUCGAGCACUCGUUAAAACUUACACAUUGACCGUAAAUUCCUUCUUUGUGGAUGUUUCUACUCUUAAACCUCGAUAUCUUCACUUAUUCGCUAUUCUGUAUUCGAGUAGAUCGAAAGACCAAACGAAAGGAAGGAAGUUCGGUUAGAAUGUUGUUGGUGCAUAUUAUAUACAAUUCAUUUCCGCGAUAGAUAAAGUCGAACAACAGCGUAGAGGGAGUAAGCGUAAAUUGACUUUUUUAAUGUCACUGUCCCUGUCCACUAGCCAAUAUUCCUUAUAAAAUUUGGUUCUGUAGUAACACGAAGUUAGCAAUAAUUGGUAGUAAAUAUGUAGAUAUCCCAAGUUAUCCAUGAGUGGUUUGGCCUGGCUCCGGGGCGGGGGCGGAGGCAGCGCCUCGCGCGGCUUUCGGCGCGCUCUCGCCUCCUGCACGCAGAGUGCCCUUCUCCGUAGGUUUAGUCUAACGGGUAUAUUUCGAUGUUCCGGUGAAACUUUGGUGAGAGUGUACGUUCUUUUUUUAAUUAAUGUACGUAUGUUUUGAUGUACAUAAUAAAGUGUAAAUGUUUAACGCACAAAUAAUAUGAACAAAGAAGCUGAUUAUGUAAAACAUUGUAUGAAACCUUACGUAUUUAGCUGUAAACUAUGUCCGGAGAGUUAAUUCAUUAGGAAUACGAUUGGCAUAAUUUCCAUGCUCCGUCAGUUAGGAAUAUUCAAACGAAUCACGUUAGUCUGUACAUUAAAUGUAAAUAAUCAGUUUAUCUUCUGGUUCAGUUCGCAUUGUCGCCGUUGAAGAAUGCCUCGCUUUGGCUCGGCAUUGCGGCGUGGAGUGACUUCCACCUUACCUUGUCUCACCGCCGGCGAGCAGCAAUCAGCUAGCGUUUCAGAAAUUCUAGAAAUCAAGUUUGUAGUUAUGAUAGGUAGAUAUUCGAUUAACGCAAGCGAGUUUAACAGGCCAUUACACAACGGAGGGCGAUAACUCAACGGAGGGUGACUCAAACUUUAUAAUCUUGUUAUAAAACGGUUCUCUACCAGCUGUUAACAUUAAAAUUUCUUCAACCAGAAAUGACAAAUCAUAUCCAUGUAAGUAUAACCGUUUCAUAAUAAGAUUAUAAAGUUAAAAUUGGCACAGGGUCAUUAUUUCACUCACUUCACUUUUGUCUAAUUUCAUUCGUUACAUAAUAAAAAUGUAAGAAAGAAUUCGUUGGGAAUUUGUACAAAUGCCUGAUACUGUGUGCUGUGUGUUAAAUCUGUAGGAAAUUAGUAUAUUUUGUCACGGUAAUGAGUUGGAAGACACUUAAUCUUCUUAUUUUUGCACUCGUUCGUACUACUUACCAAUGUAAAUUAAAAAGGGUCAAUAACACUACAUACAUAAUUAGCUACAUGCAUGGAUUUUUUGGAAAAUGUCAAUCGAUAUAUUUCCCGUUAGGUAUAAAUGUUUCUAAUAAACCUGCUAUCUGUUGUGGCCCAGAAACUUCUAAAUUGCGAAAAUACUUAAAUGUGGCAAAUGUGUAUGCACCUCUAAUAGAACCCCCCAUACAAAAAGUGCACGUGCUGUGACGUAUGUCAAGCCACACGACUACCACCAAAUGUACGGAAAGCACCAUGGAAUGUUUUAGCGUUAUUUAAUAUUUUACGCCGUAAAAAUGCGCUUAAAUACCGUUAUAAUAUAAGAAAGAUAACAUAAAAAAGUGUUUAAUAUACAAUAAACAUAAUAUGUUAAAAUGUUACUUUUUUUAAUCUUUUGAACAGGGCUCGGAACCGGUUUAUUUUUAAAUCCCAAAAUAGCCCAAUAUUUUUAAUUAUUUUAUACUCUUUACGUAGGACUGGAUCAUUUUUUAGGCAACAACUUCGCAUUAUUAGAUAGUCCCAUUAAUAAUGAAAUAAUAAACCAAAGAACGAAAAAGAACGUAAUAAUACCGGUAUUUUUUGUAUGAAGAAUAAACCGGUUCAGAGCCUUGCUUUUGAACACUCAUAAACACAAACAUCACUCAGACGGCAAGCUCCUGGGCGCUAACGAGCUAAUGUAAACCUUACUUGAAAAUGUGAAGGUUACUUUGACAGCGUAUGUCAUGACACCUAGUCCUUGGCACUGUGGGCACGACUAGUAACGACGCCUUUAGGGGUUCUUGGCGUUCAAAGGGUUAAACUUGUAGACACAUUUACAAUAAUGUUACAAAAAGUUGCAGACUUCACAUGUUUGCAUUAACUUUUUUUUUUUUUUAUUCUACGUCGGUGGCAAACAAGCAUACGGCCUGCCUGAUGGUAAGCAGUAUCCGUAGCCUAUGUACGCCUGCAACUCCAGAGGAGUUACAUGCGCGUUGCCGACCCUAACCCCCUCCCACCCUCGUUGAGCUCUGGCAGCCUUACUCACCGGCAGGAACACAACACUAUGAGUAGGGUCUGGUGUUAUUUGGCUGCGAUUUUCUGUAAGGUGGAGGUACUUCCCCAGUUGGGCUCUGCUCUAGAUCUGGAAUGACAUCCGCUGUACUGUGCCCUACCACACAGAGCGAGAUGACAUUCACAAUGCCCAUACCUCUCUUGUGGACGUAGUUUAAGGACAUACCCGGGUCCAAAGUACCCGGGUGCAUUAACUUCGUGUUUAUUGAACAAAGAUUUUAAAAUAUUGUUCAUGCAUGUAGCCCAUUAUAUCGGCGAUCGCUUCCUCACUGGCGGUGAGCGCACAGAUGCUGCGCGCUCUGUGGGCGCAUGUGUGGACAGCUAAGCGGGGUCACUUAUUAGUACGUAUGUAUAAGUACCAUAUCUAUGGUAUUAGUCUAUACAAAUAGCCAACUGUCACAAUUACGCACAAAACAAGCAGUUAUUAAUGCUUUCGGGGUCGUUGACGAAUAAUCGGCGUUUCAAUGUAGUUGAUAAAUACAUAGAUUAUCGUCCUGCUCCUUAGAGUAAAGUAAGGAAAACACCAAUAGGUAGACGCGAAAUCUAUAUUCAAAGUAUUCAAUGUUAGUAUCAUACUCAAUGCGUUCCAACUUUUUGAGUAUUGUAAUAGAACUGGCAAAAUUAACCUGACAUUUGUAUUUCAUCAACAAACGGAGCUCUGUGAUUAUGAUUAUGUGUUUGACCAAGACGAUAGAUCUUAUACUUUACGGGUUAUGGAUUCAAAACCGCAACGGUGUAGAUUUUAGUUCCAUGGUAUGACCAGAGUGCCUAAUGUACCACUCCAAAAACUUUAUGUCAAAGAGCGAAAUGAAGUAGGUACAUGUAAUAUCUUUGAGAGAGACUCAGACGUAUAUCAUAAGCAAUACUAAUUGAAAUGUCAUCACGUUUUUUAAACUAUUAAUAUAAAAUAUAAUAUUAAACUUAAGCGAUUACCAACUUAUUGGAGUUGUAAUCCAUGGACUUAUUUUCCUCUAAUCAGGUAAAUUGGUUACGUUGAGAGAAAAAUAAAUAAUAAGGAUUUUUUGAUCUGCAUACAAAUAGUGUGCCUUAGCUUUAGUGUAUGGUACCACUUAAAGAGUAAAUAAAAUUGCAACGCCAUCAAUUAAGCUCUCUCGGAGUGUUAGAAUGGUUAGCGUUGUACUUUAUUUUAACUUCUUAAGUAAUUUCCUCUCGUUCGACUCAAAGGACACUAUGAAGCUCCAUGGACGCCGGCUUCGAUUUGGUGGGUGACUUGAAGAGAGCAGGCCUCUCCGACACCCGAGAAAAAAUAUGUUUUCAUCAUAGAGCAUUUAUCAAACAAUAGUAACUUAUUUUGAAUUAUUUAAUAUUUUGCAUUGAAUAAUUUAAUGUAUGUUAGAACAUUUGUGGAUUUCAUUGUACUGACCCUAUACCAUGGGAUCCUGCAUGUUCAUAAACCGCCACACCUUUAUCUACAGACACAUAGGCCAAAAUCCCAGAGCCGCCAGACCUUACUUAUUUUCUCAUGAAUAAAAUGUAUGGGAUAAUGUAGUAUUAGUAUGUGCUGUUAAUGUCUGCAUACUUGAUGUAUUGGCCCUGCGGCCCUUUGUCCGGUACAAGGUGCUAAAGAUAGGUAAAAAUAAUACUAACUUUUCUUAUAUUCUCAUGGCUGAUUUCAAUGUAUGUUUUAGAAAAUAUUGUUAACCAUUGAUAAUCAACAUUGCCAGACCAUUUCCACCGGCGGUAACUUUAUGAGACGCUGUAAAGCUGCCAAAAACAUGUAACUUUACUUAUAUUCUCGUCCCUUGGUCGAAUUUUUCAAAAUCACUUCUUAUGUCUCGUAUACAUUAUAAACGUAGCCCGAUGUGCAAAAUUCAACUUUAUAGCUUUUGUAUUUUCGGCUAACUAUCUCAUAAUCACCAUUGUACUCAUAUUCAUAGCGAAACUUUAUGUGGGUCUGGUCCUUCCAAUUGGUCUGCCUGCUUACUAAACUUUUUGUAAUCAUUCCCUGAGUAUCAUAUAUAAAAAUCAAGUGUGAGACUAAGUAUAAGUAUUUUUUGAUAGCUUUAAAUCGUCUGGUAAACGUUACCACCGACGGAAAUUGUCUGGCAGGAUUGAUUAUCAAUUUUUAACGAUAUUUUCUAAAUCCUGAAUUAAAAUCAGCCAUGAGAAUUUAAGAAAAGUUAAUAUUUUUUUCUUCCGGACAAAUGGCCGUCGGGCCAAUGUAGAAAGUAUGCAGACAUUAAAAGUACUUUCUAAUACUACAUUAUCCCAUACAUUUUAUUCAUGUGAAAAUAAGUAAGGUCUAGCGGCUCUGGGAUCUUGCUCUAACAGAUAGUCAUCUGUCUUGACAAAAUAUACACAAUUACGAGUACUCUAUCAACCAAUGUAGUAACAAUGGAAUCGUCAGCUAUGACGGCUAUGAGGGCUUCAUGGCGCAACUUUUACCAACAUGUUACCAAUGGUAAUUUAUUUUACCAGUUUCAUACCUAUUAUCUUUAUUACAAAUACCGAGAUUUUUUAAUGUUAUGGAAAUUAAAGUGUUUUACUCGUAUAUGUAUAAGUUUAUGGUUAACAAUAUAUAUAUAUAUAUACAUCUAUAUUUAACAGUACCUACUUCAUUAAUGCCGUAACACCAAGAGAGAAAUCAAACAAGUUAGUAAUUAAUAAAAUGUAUCAGGUAUCGCAGUAAGUAAGAAAUAGGUAAUGAUUGAGAAUUCUGACAUUUUUGUCGCAGUGAAAUGGAGAUUGGUUAGGUCAUUUUCCCAAAAUCAUUAUUUCCUUGUAGCGUAAUUUCCAGUCGCAUUUUUUCCUAUUCUUAAUUUACACCAGACGUAUUUAUUCCUAACAUGAUUUUCCCAUUAGACAAUUUAACUAUUCUUAAUUUACACUAGACGUAUUUUUUUCUUGCUAAAUUGUCGGUGUUGGGAGUGUUGGGAUUGGGACGGUGAAAAUUUAACGGUAGGUUAGGUUCGUUAGGUAUCUUCAAACGGCCGAAGGCCAAACGGCUCACAAUAGAAGCCCCGCGCAAGCGGGGCUCCGUCGAUAUUGCUAACUGUACGCAAUUUGGAUGAUUGUGGAUAAAUUGUCUAAUGGGAAAAUCUACGCAUGGAAAAAUCAUGCAAGGAAUAAAUACGUCUAGUGUAAAUUAAGAAUAGUUAAAUUGUCUAAUGGGAAAAUAUGCGAAUGGAAAAAUCAUGUUAGGAAUAAAUACGUCUGAUGUAAAUUAAGAAUAGGAAAAAAUGCGACUGGAAAUUACGCUACAAGGAAAUAAUGAUUUUGGGAAAAUGACCUAACCAGUCGAAAUGGAACCGUUAUGUGUAGGUAUAAGAGACUCAAUAAAUAUCACGCUAGGAAUUUCGUGUGCUAAUGCAAAGUUUUGACCAAAUCUAAGCGAGAGCAUUAUGAUGUAGAACCUGGAUUUGGAAUUUGUUAAUACCUCAUUAAGAGUAUCUUUACUUUGGUCCGCAAGGUAUGAAGUUGGAGCACUGAAUUAUAAUCUGUAUUAACGCCUUUCAAAACAAAAAAAAUAUAUAUAUAUAAGAUGAUUUCGAAAUCUUUCGUAGAGUUUUUGGCCCAUCUUAUCCAACAUUUAUAAAGGUUUUUUUUGUGUCGUUAAACAUCUUUUUAUAUGUUGUAGUCGAAGGUGCAGCAGAUAAAAAUAUGGCGUUCUGUGAACAAAAUAUUUUUUUAGGCAGGAUUGGUCCUUAGAAUGGAGCCACCCAGUGAUAUUAUAUACCUAGAUAGCUUAUACUCAUACAUAAGGAACACAAAAAACACGUUCAUAUUUAUUUGUAUACCUACAAAUAAAUCUGUUAUUUUUGAUUCAUGUUCGCAUUCCAUUCAUCUUUGUCAUACUCGUUGUUAAACAUGAGCUUGGUUGCCUUGGUUCUCUUUUGUUGAUCGGGAGCUCGAUAGUACGUGCACAUCUCUUGCUUGCCCAGAUGCAAAAUUAUACAGGCAACUUGUAUAAUUUUGGAACGCCUAUAAUCUAUCUUGAUAAUAAAUCAUUGGAGCCACCAAGAUUUUAGAUAUAUAUUUUUUAGUGGGGAAGCUCUCAAUUUUAUUUUGAUAUGUCAUUUAAGCUGCUAGGCCAAGUUUGGUAUCGUUUUCGUAUACCUAUACGAGUACAUCGAGGAUGCUGAAUUCAUAUUGACACCGUUCCUAAGUAAAAACAUCUAUAUAUAUCUAUAUUUUAGAUGUUUUUACUUCGGAAUGGUGUCAUUAAAAAGUGCUAAAUAAACACAAGUGCUGCCAUAUACACGCGUCAGCUCCAAGAGCUGCUAGUGUAUCAAAUAAAUAAUAAUAAUAAUAAUAAUAAUAAUACCGCAGGGCAGCUUGUGGCGAGCUGUUGGGGAGUAACGACCCCACGGACCCGAGUACUCCCGAGAGUCGGUCAGGGUCUCCGUCUCCGGCGUGUCUUCGUCGGUCGGAGUGGACCCCAAGGGGACCCGCAGGACUCUCAGCUUUGGCUUGCCUUCAUUGGCCGUCCAGAGAGGAGUCGUUAGAGCUAAAUGCUUCAGGGGUGGAAGUGAAAACUUGCAUAAGACGCGAGUUGGCACAGUGGCUGUUAUCAGCCACUGGGUAGAAAGCGGCGUACACCUCUCGACACCCCUGAGCCGCUCACACCGGUGUUGCUCCUGGUCGUCUUCAGGACGGCAUUUUCAGGGGCCCAUCUAGUGGGCGGCGAGUCACCGCCUGCCUCGAUAACUAGUGAAAACAUUGUUAUGGCAGGUGUCCGGACGUCUUUGCAAUAACCCAGUCUCAUUGUCCUCCCAAACUUCAAUCCAUAGACCGUUAUACUGUUCACUUUACUACAAUAGUCCCAAUGCCUGUUGCGACCGGUUCAUUGGUGUCUAUUGUUGCGCCCGUGAACGGGUUCCAGCAGGCGUUCUACAUGACAUUAAAGCUCUCCAAGAGGCCUCUACGUGUUGGAUCUAUAUCCCCAUGCAAGCCUAUCAAAAGACCGGGAUUUAUAGGCCCGUGAAAUCCAAGGAGAUACAAUAAUAAUAAUAAAACUUUUCUUUUUAAUUCCUCUUCACGCUGAAAUCGUUGAACCAAUGUAAUUAUAAUUUCUUAUAGAGAUAGUUUGGAUCCCGGAGACGAACAUGGGAUAGUUUAAAUCCAAAAAUCACCCCUUAAGGGUGUGAAAAGGGAAGUAGAAACUUGUAUGAGGAAUCAAUAACCGCUGAACCGAGUUUUAUGAAAUUUGGUAUAAUCCCGGGAAAGAACAUAGGUUAGUUUUUAUCCCAAAAAAAAUCCCUUUACAGUACAUAUGGGGCUACUUUAUAGCACUAGUGCGAGAAGUAGCAUAUUAUGUUACUGUGUCGAACAUUUAAAGGGCCAUAUGUACUGUAAAACGUUGUACGAUACAUGUGCGAAUAGGUAAUUCGCAACUCGUGUCGAUUUAAAACACUCCCUUCGGUCGUGUUUUAAUUUAUCGCCACUCGUUUCGAAUUUCCUAUUUUUCGCACUUGUAUCGUAAUGUACUAUUAAAGUAAAAAAAGAGAUGUAUUAGGUUUGGUUGGGAAAUCAAUAACCGCUUAACUGAUUUAGACGUAAUCUACGUCUACAUCUUUGAUAUAGUUGAAAAUGAUACCAAACGUGACUUCUAAGUUAAGUUUGGUAUGUAAAUUUAAACAAUUAAUAACCUCAAACGCCGAAGCUGAAACGACACGAUGACAUCAAAAUAUGGGUGGCUCCACUUCUUAAAGACAUCUCAGGAACAAAAACGCCAUACUUGACCUUUUUAUGGCUUGUGCACCUUCGACUAUAGUGUAUGCGUAAUCAUAAACCGAAUCGCAUUAAUUAUCUGUUGAAUCAGAAUGAUCAAGGAAAACGAAUUCAUAUGGAAAACAUCCCACAACCACAUCCCGCAACGCGAUCUCUUAAAUUUGAGCAAAACUUUAGACAUAAGUAUUAUUUUGUUUGGAUGUUGUAGGUAUAUUAUAAUAAUUCAAUGAAAACAAAGAUCAUUUGUUACGCUAAAUGCAGGGGUCACUGGGCAUGGAUUAUUGUUUGUCGCAGUCACUAUAAUAGAAAUAAGAAUUAUAAAAAUAUGGGGAUUCGAUCGACAGCAAGCACGUGUUACAUAUAUUCAGAUUGAUGCUGCUGCUGUAGAUAUCAGAUAUUUUAGAAUUCAAAAAUACGUGUGUAGAAUUGUAACUGAUUUAAAACCUAUCUAUUUAAGCCUGAAUUAACCAACUUCUGAGGAUUCAUUUGUAGUUCCAUAAUAAUGGUUUGUUUUAUAAUAAUAGCAACGAAUAAAGCGCAAAAUUUUAGACACGCAGUAUGAAAAGUAUGUGACGUUUUAUCGAAUUCUAGAUAGUUUGUUAGUUUCAAGUGACUGACUUCGAAAUUCAAAAUAAUAUAAAAAUAAAUAUAAAUGUUUACAUCAUUUGCGGUUGUUUGAUAUCUGAGUAUGUCUCAAUGAGAGUUUACCGAGCUCACCACGUCUGCCAUGCCACUCGCUAUGCUACGCAAUUAUACCCCCGUAAAACGCGUCUGUAAGCAAAAUUACCUACAGACUUGAAAUUGUACUUAUAUUUUAUAUUUACCUAUAUUCAGUUAACCUAUUUAUUACAUGCUUUUAUUUAACUUGCAAUGUAUCUGUUUGUACGAGUCAAAUCUUGUAAGUUAAAUUUGACCCACUUCACAAUUUCCAAUGAAGCUAAAAAUUUGCAUACAUAUGUAAGUUGGGUGACAAUACAAUAUUAUGGUGCCAUCGUGCUGAUCUGAUGAUGGAGACAGGAGGCGCCCAUUGGAACAAUUUAAUAAAACAUCGCAACCUAACUGUGUUUAAGAUUGUUAGAAUUGUCUCGAUGAGUAUUAGUUGCCAGUGGAAAGAAAGUACAGUCAGAUGAAAACUGAAAUUUUUAUCAUAACAUUUAUUCAAUGUAACGUCUCAAUAAAUAAAGAAAGGCAGGAGUCAAGGAAUUUAUUUUGAAAAGAAAGAAAAUUAAUCGUUAAUCACGAAUAUUAUUAAAUAUGUUUACGAGCACUUUAACAUAUUUUAAAAAUAUUAUUUACAAGCGUUAUGUGGUGAUUGCGAGUAUAUUUACAGAAAAUAUAUGUACCUAAAUACGAGCGUGACAUGCUACUUAAGUGACAUUUACUGAAGACUGGUGGUGUCGUGCAUCGGUAAAGUCGACAUUAUAUUAUCUGCAUCGAUCAUUCGAACAACUUGCAUGGCGAAUCGGUUCAAAUGUAACUUCAUCAACUAAUCAUUAUUUUGAGGUUUGUAACUAGUAAACUAAAUUACCUAAAUAUUGGAUUGAAGUGAGUAAAACGCAUUUAUCUCUUUUUUAAUCUUGUGUAAAUUAUAUAGGUUCAGGAGCCUUAAGACGGUGAUAUAAUAACCAUUAAAAUGAUUUUAACUCGGAAUUAUGAGUAAAAAUAUCCAGUAUCUCGUCACUUUGUUUUCAACGAAUAUAAAAAUAAAAUUUAACAAUCACGACUAUUUAAUUGUUUAUUGAAUAACUGACUUCAUUUCUUGCAAAAACCGUUAUUUGCAAGUGGACAGUAUUGCCAAAUGACAUGGAUAAUUAAAGUGAUCAAGUUAGGUACCUAUCCCAUUAGGGAAGUGAGGAAAAAUGGGUACGCCUUAAAUAUCGGAGCCAUUGACAUAUAUCUAAGGACAGGCCUUACGGGCAAUAAGAAUGGGGUCAGUACAGCGGUAUCAGCGAUGUUCGUGUGGGUGACACCGCUGUACUAAAUAAUUCCAGCCAAUAGUGCAGUCUAACGCCACAACGCAUGAUUGGCUCAAAUUCGUGAGUGACACCACUGAAGAAUGGUGUUAUUCUUAGUGCCCGUAAGGCCCGUCCUUAGAUAUAUUUAUGUCAAAGAUCGAAGAUCGGUCUUAUUCCUCACUGAGUAGGUAUAUUGUGCAGCAAGCCACCAAAAUCGUAACCUACAAGUUCGUGUAUAAAGUACCUACCACCGGUAUACAAACAAAUUUAUCUUUACGUAAUACCUACCUAGUCGAAUCUGUGAAACUGUAUCGUACACUUUUAAGUGACUAGAAUGAAGACACGAAUAGACAUCAUUCUCGAUUGGGUCCGAGAAUAUCCGCUGCCAAAAUAAAUAUAUAUAAUCCUGAAAUAGUCGUUGACCAUUUAAGUUAGACUUAAGUUAAAACAUUUUGUAUGUUUGUGUUUGGGUUCGAGUUGAAAUAAAUAAAUAAAACCUAAACCAUGAUGUUAAAUAACUAAGUAAUAGGGAAACUUUCAAAACCUGUCUCACUUCGUAUUUUUUAGUUUGCGAAUAUUAACGGCGCGAGCCAUUGGCCUUUUUUUCUGGACGUGUAGGUAUGAUACUGUGUUUUUGAGUAUUUUACAACGACUAAGUACUGAUAAUCGCUCGGACAUGGGAAUUAUUGCAUAGGUAUGACGCCGAGCCUGCCGCACGGCUUGCGGAUUUUCGGCCGCAGUGACUAGCGAACGGUUAAUAGAACGUUAUGGCCUUCCCAAUAUAUAGAGAAAUGAAGGUGGUUAGUACUUAAGAUACAAUUGUAAUUAAAGUCUUAUGAUGAUUCAAAUACAUAGUCGUGCGUUAUUCGAAUGUUGAUACAUAUGAUGACCGUUUUAUGGUCCUAGUUACUGCAUCCCGGGGUUCUCUUUGUACGUUUGUAAACGUUGCCGAACGUUAAGUGGUCAACCAUUUUAUGUAUAUUGGUGUUUAUUUUCAAGUCACAAAUGUGUAGACAUUUAUUUAAAUCACGUGUUUGUUCAUAAAUUAGUGUUAUUAAUAUAAUAUAUGUAAUUAGUGUUAUUUAAAUUUCAAUGUGAAUGUUUUGUGUUAAUUUAAUAGAUUUAUGUUGGUUUAGAUACGAGUUUACCUAGGAACCGUUUAUAUUCAAAUAUUUUGUUACCGUUCAAGGUUUCAUCUGUUUAAAGUAGUACUAGGGUCAAAUUAAAAAUAUCAUUUACAAUUUUUUUAUAUAAAAAUCACCAAGUCGAUCCCUUUAUUCUUAAUGAGUUCUAGAUCAUAUAAAUAUAUAUACAAUUGCCAAAAAUCAAAAGUACUUUUAACAAAAAAAUGCAGUUUUUUAUUUCAAAAUUCAUACCUACAGGUAAUUAUUUCAUGAAAAAAUAACGUACAUAUAUCUGUCCAAAGGACCGCACUUCACAAUAAUUAUAAUCUCUAUCUAUAUAAUAUCAUUAAAGAUGCCUAAAUGAUAGUGAGAGAGGUAGCGUAGAAUAAAAUGUUACUCGUAAUUACUGCCGUAAGCACAGCGUUGCAUGCGCGACCGCCGGCUCACACUGCCACAGCACGCGGGCUCCAAUAUAUUGAUAUGAUCUAGGAUGUGUCGUAGGUGUUUCUCGAGUAGUGGUCGUGUACUAAGGCUUAAGUUACGCCGGCUAAGUGGUUUUACUCUAAGCGUGCGAUGAGGAGGCGUGCGGUGGCGAGCGAAACGCGCGGAUGCGCGGGAUGUAGGGAGGGCGCGUGCGGCUUGACCCAUAAAGGCGGGAUUCCACCAGUGUGCAGCACAAGCAUUUUUGUACUGAAUAUGCUUGUGCCGCACACUGGUGAAAUCUCGCCUUAACGCCAGCCGCUGACACCGCGUGAUGUGCUCCCCGCGCGUCGCACCCGCGCUGCCUGCGUAGCCUGUGCUCAGUGCCCAGUGCCUAGUGCCCCUAGCGCCGACUACCGAAGCCGACUGCCGUGACCACACUCGCUGUCGGCCCGCUGCCGCAUGUAGGUAGACAUCGUUCGACACUCGAAGUAAGAUUAGUCACGUUUGAUUGUAGACAGAUUUUGGAAUUAAUAUUAUUUGCAUUUUCCUAAGAGUUAGAACGAUUGAGACAGUAGGUCGCACGACCGUGUUAUGAUGAAUUGUGGAGAUGUUUAUUAAAGAAUACGUUUAUGAAAAUGGAAUAAAAACGAAAAAUAUUGUCAUAUAAACUUGUAAUUACUAAAGUAAGAGGAAUUUGUAGAUAUAAAAAUUAUUGGAGAACCAGAAAAACGUUAAAUAAACCAAUUAAAAACACAAAA